AUGGCAUUGAGCAGCAAGUCAAAUCGCAGUCACUAUCAGCAACAGUUGGCGCCUUAUACAAAGCCCAAUUAUCAGCAUGAUCAGCAUGAUCAUUACGCUCAUGAUCAGCUUGAUCUGCAGCUGGAUGACUCGCUGGAUGAGCAGCCUAUGCUGAUCGGUGGCGCCUCCGUGGUGCGUCGCAAUGCCCGCGAACGCAAUCGUGUCAAGCAGGUGAACAAUGGCUUUAGCCAACUGCGACAACACAUUCCCGUUGCGAUCAUUGCCGAUCUGAGCAAUGGCAGGCGUGGCAUUGGCCCCGGUGCCAACAAGAAGCUGAGCAAGGUCAGCACACUGCGCAUGGCUGUGGAGUAUAUUAGACGCUUGCAACGUCUCAUCGAUGACAACGAUCAGCAGCAGCAGCAAUCACAGCAGUCACAGCAACAGCAGCAGCAACAUUUCAACUACCAGCAACAGUUGCAACAGCAGCAGCAACAUUUCUAUGCGCUGCAACAGCAACUGCAACUCAUCUCGCCCAGCGGCAGCUGCAGCAGCUCCUCCUCCACCAGCUCCUCCUCCGCCUCCUCCUCCAACUACUUCACACCUCCUGCCGCCGAGCUAAAAGUCGAGUCGAGUCCUGGCAGCUAUGAAGAUUAUCGCAACAAUUCCUGCAGUUCGGGCGCCGAGGAUGACGACAUCCUUGACUACAUCUCCUUGUGGCAGGACGAUCUCUAAAGACGCUACCUCCCAGCUAACUGGCAUAUCAACUAGUCACUGCCACGCCCACCACUGACAAAGUAUUACCUCAGCAACCGCAAAGUAUUUAUUCUAUUUUUAAGCAACUCAUUUUUUUUUUCCUAACAACUUUGUACAAAUUAUUUUUAAGUGCGCUGUUUGUGCCUGUUUUUUAUAUAGUUUAUAAGACUGCCAAUCUUAAGUUCUAGCUUAAUAUGGAAGACAAUUAGCGUUUAAGUUCAACUAUAAGACAUUUUUUUUUAUGAUAAACAAAC